AUGAAUGAUGCUGGCGAGCAUCUCUUGGUGCCAAUGAACGGCUGCUUUGCUCUUCUGGCCUGUGGUGUUUACAGUUUACUAGAUCACCGUCUUGCAAACUUGUUCAUCCAGAGCUCCGGUUCCACACUCUUCCAGAAGAGGACUGUUAAGGAAUUGUUGUGGGGCUACAAAGACCCAAUGCUGGGCAGCACGCUUGGAGUUUUUUAUCCAUACAAUGACACCAUCGAUGGACCAUACACUGUAUUCACAGGCAAAGAUGACAUCAAUAAGGUAGCCACGAUUGAACGCUGGGCAGGUGAACCAUCGCUGAGUUACUGGAAUGACACUUAUUGCAACAAGAUAAACGGAACAGAUGGUUCCUCCUUCCACCCUUUCCUGAACAAGAAAGAACCCCUGUACUUCUUCUCUUCCGAUAUCUGCAGGUCAAUAUCUGCUGAGUAUAAGGGAACUGUUGACCUGAAGGGAAUCGAUGUGUAUCGGUACAUGUUGCCUCCUGAAGCUCUGGCCUCUCCAGUGGAGAACCCAGAUAACCAGUGCUACUGUACAAACCCUGUGCUCACCAGAAACUGCACUACGGCAGGACUUCUUGACCUCACCGCCUGUAAAGGAACCCCAGUAUUCCUCUCUCUACCCCACUUCCUCUAUGGCAGCAAUGAUCUCCAUCAAGGUGUGAUCGGACUGAACCCAAACUUUGAUGAGCACUCCAUAGCUCUGGAUGUAGAACCGAUUACAGGUUUCACUCUGAGAUUUGCAAAAAGACUUCAGGUCAACAUGCUGUACGGCCCAUCGGAUAGUAUUGUAAUUUUGAACAAAAUCAAGGACUACACAGUUUUCCCUAUUUUAUGGUUAAACGAGACGGCAGUUCUGGACGAUGAGACGGCCGACAUGUUCAAGAAAGAGCUGAUUUCUCGGAUGGACCUGUUGGAGGGGUUUCAGAUCGGACUCAUAGUGGUUGGCUUAGUCUUAUUCGCCAGCUGUUUGAUCGGAUCGAUUGUGGUGUGCACGAAACCGAGCAAUAGCAAACUUUCUUUGAUUGUUAAAUAAAGGGAGGGAUGCUUGGUGCUUUGUGUGUUUGAUUUUUUGAUAGCGCACUUUGUGGGAAUUGUAUAUUGUAAUUGUUAUUUGCGCGCAGAGUACCGCAAUUCUAUUUAUAUAAUUUACAGUAUAAACUGCAUUU